CGCUCACGUUUCACUAUGCAUGAGUCACAGACAUUAAACAUGACUGAUAUAACAACAGACAGUCUAUACUCAUGGCUCGUGUGUGGAGCAGCAUUUUGCACUCUUUUUGUGACACUUGGCAUUCAUUAUAGUUGUGGAGUUGUGUUUGUUGCUCUUCUUGAUUCGUUCAAAGAAAGUCGUGCCAAAACAGCAUGGGUGCAAUCGAUCAGUCAAUUUAUGCUGUUCUUUUUCUGUCCGCUCUCCAGUUUCUUGACUGAACGUUACGGUGGACGGCGAGUAACGAUGGCAGGUGGACUACUAAUGAGCAUCGGCUUGUUAACCAGCUCCUUCGCGAAGCAGUUGAUGAACUUAUAUUUUACAUACGGUGUUGUUUUUGGGUUUGGAACAGCACUGGCCUAUUUACCAACACUUGUAAUGGUAGGAAAGUACUUUAAAAAACGUCGUUCUCUAGCAACUGGUAUUGCAACAUGCGGUAGUAACUUUGGAGCAUUGUCGUUAUCCAUUCUACAGGAAGUAAUAUUGAAGAAAUACAAUUGGAGAAAUGUUUUCCGAUUUAAUGCCGGUUUUUCUUUGCUAGUAAUCAUAUCUGGUGUACUAUUCAAACCAAUGAUUCCUGUCGUAUCAAGUACGACCCGACGCGAGGGUGUUGUAGGCUUGAAAAACAAACUAGGAUUGCUUAUGCGUAAUCGAUUGUUCGUCUUGUGGUGUGUAGCAUCAACAGUGGCCACAUUUGGCUACUUUAUUCCUCAUGUUCAUCUGGUACGUUAUGCACAAGAUAAUAACGCCAGUUUACAAAGUGCAACUUUACUAUUAACUUACAUGUCACUUGGCUCGGCAUUAGGAAAACUUAUUUACGGUCGCAUUUCGGACUGUUUCCAAAAUAGAACAAAAAUCAUCUACGUGACGUCAAUGUUUGUAUCUGGCCUCGCCUCAGUCCUCUUUUCCUUCGUAUCGGGGUCGUACGCUGGUCUCGUAUGUUAUGUCUUAGUGUUUGGCUUACUAGAUGGCUCAUUCAUUGGUCUCAUGUCUAUAAUUACGUUCAAGUAUACGGCUUCAGCGGAGCUAAUGUCUUAUGGCUGGGGUGUAUCUCUAAUGUUCAUGUCUUGUUCGAUGAUCGUUGGCCCACCAAGUGUUGGUUGGUUAAGAGAUAUCAAUAUUUCCUACAAAAGUCUUUUUUAUAUGAGUGGAGGUCCAAUGAUGUUAGGAGCAGUAAUACUUGCUCCCACAAUUUGGAUGGAAAACAAAGUCGACUGUCAUGAAAAUAGUCAGAGUUCAAUCAAUGAGCCAGUUAUAUCCAAAAAUGAGCAAUGUAAUCCGAAGUUUUUACUAGAAAAAUCAUCAACACCAUGAAAAGGAUAGUUUUGCAUUCAAACUAUUGCUGUGAUAACAUAUUUUGAUUCAAUGAAAAAUACAUAAUUUGGCUGACAUAGCAGAUGAAUUAUUCAUGCCAAAAAUAUUGUACUUGUUAAAUCUAAAUACUGUUGGACGACAUGAAUUUGGAGAAAAAUGAUUCUGCUUGCAAUUGCCGUCAAAUAAAUAAUAUUAUUGGAUAA